GCAACCCACCCGCCGCUGUUUUUCCCUAAUAACUCAGCAGGUAUCCAGGCAGUAUUUGUGGUAGAACUGUAACUGCCACAGUGAGAGAAGAUGCCUGUUAAGCUGGUGUAUGGGGGGAAACUGACGGAGUCAGACCCCAAGGAUUUCCCGGUGGUCAUUGUAGGACAGCUGCCUCACCUCACAAGUAUCACAUUCGACGAUGUCAAAGUUAAGCUGGAACCUAGAGUCAACAAAGAAACGUUUAGUCUAGCUGUGAGUAGCCUGCGACCCUCCCCUACUGAUACUUGUCCCCUCUGGUUAAGGAAUGCCACCCUAGCUGCCCUGCCCCUGAAGAGUAGCCGACACAAUACCCCGUCUCGUGCUCAUUCUUUGUCCAAACUCGUGAAAGGCUGUCUGUCUGGCCAGGAUGAAUUUGUUGUGAUUGUGUGUGAGAGAAAGGAUGUGUUCGCCCUGGGCUGUGCUGUAGCCAGAAUUUUGCCGCUGUACUCGGGGAAGUCUGGACAGAGCUCUGUAGAUUACACACUGACCGUGGACUUCCUGUUGGUGGGGCCAGACAAGGAUAAGCCGCUUACUAAGGACGAUCUUCACUGCUUGUCAGCCUCAGCUCAUGGCAUCAGACUUGCUGCAGAAAUUGUGGAUAAGCCAUGUUCGCAUAUGAACACAGAUGACUUUGUAAAGGAGGCAGAGACUGUUGCUAGGGAGCUUCAGAUCACUCCCUAUAUUGUACGAGGAGAGGAUCUAAAGGAAAAAGGAUUUGGGGGCAUUUAUAAUGUUGGAAGGGCCGCAGAACACCCACCGGCUUUAGUGGUGCUGAGCCACAAACCAGAGGGAGCCACCAAAAAUAUUGCCUGGGUCGGCAAGGGGAUUGUGUUUGAUACUGGUGGACUCUGCAUUAAAGCUAGGACUGGUAUGUGUGGGAUGAAGAGGGACUGUGGAGGAGCUGCUGGUAUCCUGGGAGCUUUCUAUGGAGCCGUCAAACUGGGUUUUAGUGAGAAUUUACAUGCUGUGUUCUGUGUGGCCGAGAAUGCAGUAGGACCACUGGCCACACGCACUGAUGAUGUCUACACCCACUACUCGGGAAGAACUGUGGAAGUGAAUAAUACAGAUGCAGAAGGAAGACUUGUUCUGGCUGAUGGGGUUGCUUAUGCUAGGAAAGAUUUGAAAGCGGAUGUUGUUGUUGACAUGGCAACUUUGACUGGUGCCCAAGGAAUUGCUACUGGUAAAUACCAUGGCAGUAUUGUCACCAAUGAUGAAAACAUGGAGCUGUGGUGCGUGAAGGCGGGACAAAAUUCAGCAGACCUUGUACAUGCCAUGCCAUACUCCCCUGAGCUUCAUUUCCCAGAAUUCAAUAGUGCAAUAGCGGAUGCCAAAAACUCUGUGGCA